AUAUUUCAGCCCAGUACUGGGUUACAGUACUUAAUUGCCUACUCUAAGCUGGAGCUGACCACAAGCUGUUUAUCUCCAGGCCUCCUUCUGCCAUUAUUCUGACCCUAGGUCAUACUGGCACUACCCAAACCAUGGUUCUACUCUUCUUCUUGAUGCUUGCCAUAGGCUCUGGACUUGGCUUCUCAGACUUCCCUCGUGUGCGUUUAGUGGGAAGUCAUAGCCGUUGUAAAGGCCGGGUAGAGCUGUGGAAGGAUGAGCAAUGGGGCACUGUAUGUGAUGACCAUUGGACGAAAGAAGCAGUGGCUAUAGUGUGCCAGGAGCUACAGUGUGGACCAGUUGUGGGAGUACGUGCUGGCAGACUCUAUUCACCAAAAGCCCAGGAAGACCAGCUCAUGUGGAACCUGAUUUGCCAAGGGACAGAAGAGUCACUGGCAGACUGUAAGGAAGAUGUUGUAAAAUGUAAUGAUCAUGAAGAAGAUGCAGGGGCAAUCUGUGAAGAAACUCAAGUUUUAGAUGGUCUCCGACUGGUCGAUGGCCCUGGUCCCUGCAUUGGUCGAGUGGAGGUGAAAUAUGCUGGGAAGUGGGGUACUGUGUGCAACACAGGCUGGACUCUCCAGGAUGCCAAGGUGCUCUGUCGGGAGCUGGGCUGUGGAAGACCCAUUUUGACAAAGGGUUCUUGUAACAAGGAUCAAGAGGGCACAGGGAACAUCUGGCCAGGCCAAGUGGAAUGCCAAGGGUCAGAAGCAUCCCUGAAUGACUGUCCAUUUGCACUAAUGGGGAAGAACAACUGUUCCCAUAAGGAUGAUACCUGGGUCCAAUGUGAAGAACGCUUUGCCUUGAGGCUAGUGGAUGGAGGAAGUAAUUGUUCGGGUCGCCUGGAGGUACUCCACAAAGGCAUUUGGGGCUCUGUUUGCAACGAUGGCUGGGGGGCAAAGGAAGAUCAGGUGGUUUGCCGGGAGUUGAACUGUGGUAAGGCUGAAUCCCAGAAGUCCCGAGCCAGGAAGAGUUUUGGCCAUGGCAAAGGUCUUAUCUGGUUGGAUGAUGUCCACUGCAAGGGGAAGGAGACAUCUUUGGAACAAUGUAAACACCGUUUCUGGGGCUACCAUGACUGCACCCACCGCGAGGAUGUGUCUGUGAAAUGUUUUGGUAUGCCUGACGAACAAGGGGAGCCAAGGCAAGGUUGGGAAACAUAGGACCCUUCUUUGGAGCCUAGAGCCCAGCCCAAUCCCAGGAAUGUCUCCUGCCAGGCUCACGGAUUCCAUCUCUCUCAUGGCUUCUGAUGGACCAGAAGGUGUUGUCUGCUUCUCCUUAACUUCUACCAAGGGGUCUUUCAGUCUGGGCCAUAUAAUUUGCUACUCUGAGAUCAACCCUUUCAUUUCUUCCUAAAGUCAUAAUGUGUGAGGAGAAGAAAGACAAACCUGCUAUGGAGCUGAGUUCCUUAUGUUUCUAGUCUUCUCUGACUGCAGACCCCUUGGCACAGCCUCUAACUUUCCUUCUCUCUUUUCAAUCCACCUGGGAUCCUCCAGUUCUAUCUCAUUGGUACUUUUCCUUGCUUAGUUGUCAGAACAAGACCUGUGCAUGUGAAUUAAUAAAAGCAUCAAAGGAAA